GGUGCAUGCUGUUAAUGGUAAGAUAGCUAUUUAUGUGGGAUUUGGUACGUAUAUCGAAUAAACCGCAUUUCCGGAGAGUUGGUUUGAGGUAUUGAGAAAAGGGGGGAGGGUGGGGGCGAUGAGCAAGAAGCACGUAAGAGGGAAUCUCUAAAUAAACCGACUAUACGCCAAAGGGCGCGCAUGUGAAGUAGCAAAUGCGGGGCAUCAUGCAUUGGUCGGCGAGUUCAUGCAUGAAUCGGAGACUUUUAGUGUUUUGUCAUCUCAAUACCUAUAGUCCAACAUAAAGAUACUGGACCUUCCAACUUAAACUUUCACUUCUCUAUUUAACUAGUUAUUAGGUAUAUCUGGCGAAGAUUCCCCUUUGCAACUCUAAGUAUUACUGAUCAGAUAUUUUCAUUAUCGAUUCCUUCGCAAUGGCUAACCAGGAGAUCGUGUUCUUCGACUUACCGUCUAAGCCGCCAAACAAGACGUGGUCGUACAACCCGUGGAAAACUCGGUUCGUCUUGAACUACAAGAACCUCCCCUAUAAGACGGAAUGGGUUGAAUACCCAGACAUCAAGGGAAAAUUCCAAGACCACCUCCCAAAGGCGGAUGUCUACACCAUCCCGACGAUCAUCUUACCCGACGGGACUUGGGUAACUGACUCCUUCACAAUCGCCGAAGUGCUCGAGAAGAAGUAUCCAGAGCCAAGCAUCCAUCUGGACUCCCCUUAUCUGCCAAAAGUGAAGGAACUCCUCAAGGAGGUCCUGACACCUCUCAGGGGCGUCUACGCUCCGGGGGUUUAUAACAGGCUAUUGAACGAUGCUAGCAAGGGGUACUUCCGCCGAACUCGCGAAGAGCAGUUUGGCGCGACAUUGGAGGAGGUAGCGGAGAAGGAAGGCGGUGAGAAAGCGUGGAAAGCUGCGCAACCUGCUCUGGAGAAGGUCACCGCCCUACUGAAAGAGAACGGCGACGGCCCUUUCUUCGAGGGGAAGACUGUGGGCUUCGCCGACUUCGCGUGGGCAUCGUUCCUUCUUUUCAUGCAAAGGAUCGGCGAUGAUGUUUAUCAAGAGGCACUGAAGCAUGCUGGAGAUGCAACAGUGCAUGAGAAGCUGCUAGAGGCCGUGAAGCCCUGGUCUGAAAGAUCCGACCACUAGUUGCGUUAAUAUUGCUACUCAGAGAGUUAUCUAUGGAGAUAUUAGGCCGAUUAGCAGAUCAAUAUAGUGCAACAUGCCAAGUUUUAGCUUGAUAUACGACUGAGACCCAUCGAUGUAUGUGAAAGAGUGACUGGGGAAACUUCAAGAUUGGAAGAAUGGUGUAGAUUUUAGCCCAACACGGGCAACUGCUGCACAUGUCCAUAAGAUGGGGGAUGACAUGUCCCUGUAUUGGAUAUUUGGUAUAUUGGCAUUUGGGGUGUAGUUAGUUUUAAGCUGAUGAUAUCCAAUUUGAUUACGCGUUUGCAAGAUUGUCAUAUUGUAAGUCGGCCA